CCCAACACACCAAAACCCUACAAAAACAUAAAGUUUGCGGGUAAAAGCAACACAAAAAAGGGCGGGUUUACAGGCAGUCCGGCCACCUGCGGCUGAGGGGUGCAGUGGCUGCAGAACGGCGGGCUCCCCUCAGGGCGCCCUCAGAGCCGCUCGCCCACUCCCGCGGCCCCGCGCCGUGAGGGCGGCUCUGAGGGCGGAGAGUCACAGCCCCGGCAGCGCGCCCGGGGCAGGAGGAGGCGGAGGAGGAAGAGAAGGAGGAGAAAGCCCCGGCCGCCUUCUCUCCCCGCCUUCCCGCGGCCGCCAGCGCCGUCCCCCGGCGAGGCGCGGGGAGCCUCGGCCAUGUGUGAGGAAGGAGCCGCCAAGCUGCGCCUGAAGCCCCGGACGGCGCCGUCCGCCCGCGGCCGGGAGCGCAGCCCCGGCCCCGAGCCCCCGCCGCGGCCCCAGGCACCGACUGACAGAUGUUCCUGGUUUGAAAAGGAAGAAUUAAAUGAGUGUGACAAAACCUGGCUUUUGCUACUGAAAGACAUCAGUCAAGAUUCACAGUGCACAAACUGGGACACAGUGCCCAGCUUUCCAGAGUUCUUGGAAAAGAAACAACAGGAAAAGAGUCCAGAACACCAGGAAGUCUUUACAGUCGGAACAAAAGACUUUCAGUGGGUAUCAUUCCCAUCUUUUCACAAAGAAAAAUGUCUGAACCCCAAGGAUCUGAGCUCCCAGCAGCCAACAGAGAGCCAGAGCAAUGAAUUACGUGAAGGACAGGGCCAAGCAGAUAAACUGAAGAGUUUAUCAUCCACAGCUGAGAAAACCUGCAGGAGAACCAGUACAGAUCAAGCCAAAACUGCAUCUGGGGCAGACACAAAAGGUGUUUCAGAGGUGGAUGUGAGUCCCAAGUCAUGUAAACUCCCUGGGCACAGCAGCUCAGCACAGCCCUCAGCGUUGGUACAAAGCCCUGCAGAAGCUCUGAGCCCUCAGCAGCACCACACAGGGACUGUACAGAACAGCAGGGCAGGCAGGAAAGAAAAGGGUGAGGAAAAGCCUCAAAUCCAGACACAUCAGGGGAAGCUUCCAGCGGGGGAGGCCACGGGGGUGCCUGCGGAAAAGCCUCGGCUCGGGAGCGCUCCUGGGGCUGAGAGGCACGAGGAGAAGAUGGAAAACCAGAGUGAAGCAGCUUCAGCUCUUGACAGUUGUCCAAUGUGCCUGAUGCAGUUUAGCGGAAGACUCUCCCAGCUGGACAUCGAUGGCCACCUUGCCAGGUGCUUGUCUGAAAGUGCAGACGAUGUCAUGUGGUAAAUCCAGAAGAGUGGAGAGCACAGGAACAAGGCCAAGGAUGAAGCUUUGUCAAAGGAAAAAUGUGUCAAGGAAGCACAUCCUUAUCUCUGACUUAAACCAGUAACUCAAUAGAAGGAUAAGUGUCACCUGCCUAUUUGUUUUUAUUUUAAAGCCUCUCAAAUGCACAUAAAGUAGUUCUAGUUCUGAAAAUGGUGCUCUGGGAUGUCCCACAGAGCCCCAGGGAAAUGAGUCUUGGUACUCCUGAAAAAAUGCACUACUGGAAAUCCCUCGAGCUUUGUCUAAUGCACCAGAGUUCUGAAUCUCUCAGGACAGAAGAAAGCAGCUGAGCAAAAGACAACUGUUACUUACUCUAAUCCAAAAGUUCACUAUUUUUUUUUUCUAAACAGAUAAUCUAUGAAAAUAAACUCAGUUAAAAAGUAA